AUGUUUUUGGCUUUUAUGAUUUAGAUUGUAUUUUGUUGCCAAGUUUAUGAAAAAGAGAGAAACAUCUUUCCAACAGAAGAAGAAUAUUAUAAUGUGUAUAUGAAUGAGCUAUUUAACGGAGAAGACAUGAUUUUCGAAUGUAAGAAUUGUCCGCAAAAUGUCACUUUAUGGAAUACAAUGAAUUUGAUCGGAAAACCAUAUAAUACAGGUAAAAAUUAUCAUAACUAUAGGAUAUUUAUUUAGAUCAAUAGCAAAUAAUAAUUCUCAUUUUGUUGCACUUUCUGAUAACAAUACAAUAAAUAUUUAUAAUUGGUAAAAUUAAUCCCUUAACGCUGGUUAAAUACUGAAUGUAAGUUCAGAUUUAAAUUGUUUGAAUGUUAUCUUUACAUUAGAUGAUUAAUUUCUUCUAGAUUGUUAUAUUGGUGAUAUGGUUUAAAUAUAUAAGUUAGAAGGCUCGAAUUUAUCACUAGUUUUUUAGGAUUAUGCAACAUAUCCUCUAAGAACGAAUCUCUAUUCCUUUAGGUCCAAUUAAAUUAAUUAUACUAUCUAUGCAUAAUAUUAUCAGUAGUUUUAAAUCUUAACACUUUUAAAAUAUGAUGAUUCAUCUUAAAAUAAAACAUUUAUUAAUGUCUCAACUUGGAAUUCCAUAUUUCAAGAUGUUGAAAUUUCAAUCAAAGGAAUCGAAGUUAAUACAUUUUAUGUUUUAAAUAAUCAAGAGGUCAUUUUGCUAAAAAUAACAGAGGAUGAGAAGUUUUCCUCAGAUUACUUUUUUCUUAUUAAUCCUCCAUCUUAUUCAAUGACUAUUUAUUAAUCAGUAAAUAAGUAUUCAGAGUGUGAUUAAUUAUUCUUAAAGAGUGACUCAUUGAUUUAUUCCCUCUUAGUUUGCGAAGAUCAACCUGAUUAGGAAUUAUAUUAAUAAGAUGAGAUAUUUUAUCAAAUAGAUGAAAAUACAGAAAUUUAAUAAUUUUAUGCAAAUGACUUAUUUUUAAUUUUACAAACGAAUGACUCACUUAUGAUUAUAUCAUUAGAAACAAAGACAUUACUGAGAGAAACUAAAUGGGAAUCUUUGUAAAAUUUUACAAAUAGUUAAAUAUAUUUUAAUCAAUAAAACAAUGAAUUAUUCAUUUUUAAUUAUUAGACUUAUGUUUAUAAAUUAGAAAUGCCUCGAUUGAGUGGAUAUUUCUAAGCGAUAGAUACAUAAAAAUAAAAAGAUGAAAUUUAUAUAUUUGCCAUUGAUGACUUUGGAAUUGAUAUUUGCUUUGUGAAAUUAUAAGUAAAAACAUUAAAUUUGAAUGAUUAUGGUGUUUAUUAAUUAUAUGAAAAUCAAGUUGAAAAUUUUUACACAUUUCAACAAAAAAGAUUUGUGCAAUAAAUUAAAAAUAUUAAUGGGCCUUUGUUAGAGAUUUAAUAUAAUUAAAACAAUUAAGAUUUAGGAACAUUUAAUAAUAUCACUUUCUACAAAAUUUAUGAAUUUGAUAAUUAAUUUGAAAUGAUGAAAAUGAUAUACAUUGAAACUACAUAUAUAGUGGGAAUAUAGAAUAAAUCUAUGACAAUUUUCAUAUUUGCUUUACCAGAACCAUUAGUCUCAAGUUCUGCGAUAGAAUUAGGUGCUUAAGAACAUUAAAUAUUAAGAGAUUUACAAUUAGCAUAUUAAUUUUAAGAAUCUUAAGUUACCAUAAUUAUUGGAAUUAAUUAUGACUAAACUACUUUGCUAUUUUACUUUGUUACAGAUGAUAUUUCAAAAAUCACAAUUUUGUCAAAUAUCACUGUUUCAACCAUGCAUUUCAAUCAAUUUUUAUUAACCUUUAAUUGUUAUUUAUUGAUGCUUGAUAAUAAAAUCAUAUUAUAUUCUUUUGAUAAUGUUAAAUAAUUUAAAAUUGAUUAAGAGGCAAUAUAGUAGUAUCUUGGGGAAUAUGUGGAUUUUAAUCCUACUAGAAUGACUCUGGAUCAAUAAUUACAAUCUUCAGUAGUAUUCGUUAGUAAUUAAUACAAUUUCAUAAUAUUUGUAAUUGAUUUUGCUCUUAGAAUGAUACCGUAUGGAAUUUAUUAUGUUGAUUACUUAAUCCAAUAAAUCAACAUAGUUAAUUAGAAAUUGAUAUUAUCUUAUAAAUGUGAUCAAGGACUAUGCUUCGAUGUUUGGAAUACCUAGAAUUUAUUAAAACCAUUCUAUGAGAAAAAAUUGAUGAGUGUAUCCUAAUAAAAUGAUGUUACUUGCUAUUCUGACAAUCUGUUCUACUAUGUCGAAAUUGAGAAAAAACAAACAUUAAUUUAUAAUCCAACUUUGUCAUAUCAUUAAUCCUUAUUUACAUCUAUCCAACUUAAUGGAUCAUAUUUUUCCAGCGUAGUAGUAGAUGGUUUAUCAGUUUUAGCCUUUGGUAAUAGGCUCUACUCACUUUUUCCCUUCUUUACAUUUGAAUUCAUUCGAAAUGAUACUUACAAAACCUUCGAGUAUCUCCCUAGCACAAUUUAUAAUUUCACUAUAAAGUCUCAAUUAAAUGGGGAUAAUAAAUCGUACACCACUAAUAAUUAAAGCCUGUCCAUACUUAAUCCAUAAUUGAACAUAUUCAUUCAAAAUAUUAGCAUAAUUGUUGAGGAUGAAUCUGAUUUGAAGUAUACCUAUACUUUUGAUAACGUAUCAACUAUUGGAUAAAUCCUCUAUUUUGAAUUGGAACCAGAAGAUGAUAAACAUCAAAUCACUAUAAAGAAUUUUCAAAAUGCUGUGCAAUUAUCCAGUUAAUUUAGCAAUGAUGACUAAUUUACUAUUGUAACUGCUGUCAACAAUUUAUUUGUACUCCAAAAUUAUAACAAACUCAUGAUUCAAAACACUAAUGUUGUAUUCAACUUGAAUAGUACUCAAAGCUGCUAUUAAUCGUAUGCUUAUAAUUCUACACUCUAUUCAUAUUGUUAAAACGAUUCCAAUUAUUACAUAAUUAGUUUCUAAAUAAGUAGUAGUUCUAUUGUUCAAAAUGAAUAAAUUAUUAUAUUACCUGAUAAUGAACUUUAUUUAUCAGAAACUUCUUUAUCCAUCAUUUCUGAUGGGCUCUUUUACUUAACUCCUGACUCAUAAUUAUCUUAUUAUAAUUUGUAAUCGCUUCAAAAUGUCAUUAUUACCUAAUGCAAUUCAAAUAUAUUUUAACCUACAGUAAUUAAAUAGGCUUCGGAUUACUUGUUAAUCGCUGUUUUUUUUGUUUGUUCAGAUAAUGAGAAGUAUUUAAAUUAUAUUAUUGGCAAUUACAGUAAGAUUAACUAUACAAUUCAAUUUCAGAACAAAUUUAAAACAUUUAAUAUUCUAGAAACCUAUUUCAGCAAUAUCAAUGGUUUUUAUAUUUAAAAUUUCUAAAUUGUUAAACAAGAACUCAAAGAAAUAAUGAUGCUAAUAACCACUAAUCAAUAAUUAAGUUUUCUUAUCUUAUUCAAUGUUAAUUAUGGUAUCCAUGACAACACAAACAUUGAAAUCAAGUUUUAAGAUAUUAUAUCUACUAUAGCUCCUUAUAAUGCUGCAGAAUUUGAAAUAUAAUAAUACCCAAAAAUUUCAGGAUCCAAUUUGCUCAUUUUGUUGUCAAAUAAAAAGACUGUAAAUGAAUUUUUGCUGUUGGUUUAUGACUUAGCCGAUGUAACAUAAUAUAAUAGAUCGUCUCCAAUCAGAUUAUAGGGAGGGUAUAUUAUUCCGCAAUUACAAUUUAAUUACAUAUUAGGAUUUUAAAUAUCUUCUGAAAAUCGAAAUAACGGAUAGAUCUUGUUUUUGACAUAAUCCAAUAUUUAUAUUUUCAAUUUCAGUAUAUUUACUUUUUCUUUGGAUAUGCCAUUAUACUCAAAGGAAAAAUAUAUUACAUUUAGACUAACUGGAGCUAAUACAUACUUUUCUAAGACUUCCUUAAUAGAAUUCUAGUAUGAAACCUAAAAAGGAUGGUUGUAUGGGUUGAAUACUAUCAUUGCUGCAAUUAUGAUAAUCUCUUUAAUAUAUUGCUGGCAAAGAAGAAAAGUACCAAAUAAUUAUGAGUUAAAUAAUGAUGAAUGGAUAGAAUUUUGA